UUUAUAUAGAAAAUAACUAUUAGUAUCUAUUAUUUAGUACCAUUAACAGAGUGUCACAAAAUAUUUAAAGGGCCAACUUUAAUUUUUAUGUAAAACAUUACCAUAAAAAUUUUAAUUUAAUGCUAUAACAAGGUUUUGCGAAAAAAAAUGGGAGGGUCGUGGUGGAGUUUUUUUUUUUUUUUUUUUUUUUUUUUAAGGGUCGUUUUGGUCAAAUUUGAGGACUCAUAAAUGUUAAUUACUUUCAUGAUUUAAAUGACUCCUGCUCUUAUCAUGGUUGAGGUGGUGGUUGUUUAAGUUUGUAACCUUGAGGGUCGAUUCAAUCACUUUUCUGUUGUUUCUCUCUACCAGAUCGCUCUCUCCCCAUAGACCCUGUAAUCUGGGUUUUUCUAUCUACUAACACUCUCUAUAGAAGAUUUGCUAGAAUGGCCAUAAUAUUUGGGACUUCAAUGUGCUUAGAUUAAAAGGGUUUUGAGAUUGAUUUCUGAGAUCGGUCAUUGUCUGUUGUGUUGUGCGGUGAGCGAUGGGAAGUUCUAGUGAGGCGUACACAAACGGCAUUGACCCGGUUGCAGGCGGGUUGGUAUGGGUUCGGCGUCGGAAUGGGUCGUGGUGGCCGGGGCGUAUUAUGGGUGCGGAUGAAUUGUCUAAGAGUUGUUUGGUGUCACCGAGAUCAGGUAAUCCGGUGAAGCUUCUGGGAAGAGAGGAUGCAAGCAUAGACUGGUAUAAUCUUGAGAAAUCUAAACGGGUGAAGGCAUUUCGAUGUGGGGAGUAUAAUGAGUGCAUUGAAAAUGCAAAGGCUUCUGCAGCUAAAACUUCUAAGAAAGCAGGGAAAUAUAAUAACAGGGAAGAUGCAAUUCUUCAUGCUCUUGAGCUUGAAAAUGUUCUUCAACCCAAAGAUCACCCCAUCUUUUGCUCAAGACUGGAUAGAUCAGGUGGUGAACAAAAUGGCGUUACAGAAUCACUGACCUUGCCUCAUCCUGGCAAAGAAACUGAACGUAUGGUUGAGGAAUCAAGUAGUUCUGGGGAUAUGUCAAAUUCAGCACAGGAAUUAUCUAAUUCUGGUGUCUCAUUUGGAGAGCCAAAUCAGAUAUGUGCUUCUAAGGAACAAUCUGUGCAGAGAAAGCGACAAAAAAUUCCAAAUGAUUCAGAGUAUGAGAGAUCUCAAGUUGCCAACAUUCUUGAGUUCUUGAAAAGGAAAAAUCGUCACCGUCCCCUAUCAGAAGUGCUAGAGAGUACAACUUUGGUGUCUGUUCCAGUUAUCAGUGAGCGACUUGACAGUCGAAAUGGGACUCCUCUCCCGCUAGUAUCUGACGACAAGGUUUCUCGAUCAGAAUCCCAUGAAUCAAAGAGAAGUGUUCAAUUGGUAGUUAAUAAGAGGUCGGAUAGUACUGGAGUUUCAUGUGAGAAUGGAACUUUAUUUUGUGCAUAUGAAGAUGCUUCCCUUAUAAAACAGAAGGAGAAUGAAAUUUCCAGCAUGUCAAGGCUACCAGAGAAUUAUUCUUCUGACAAGUUGUUUGAUGUGCCAUUUGUUGGGGACGAAAAGUACUCUGCAGCUUUAGUUUCAUCUGCAGGUGCUUCAGUACCCAAGACCAGUCUUGCGUGGCCCCUUUCUCCACCUCGAGAGGAGAACAUUGGCCCUGACGAGUUAGUGCACUGGCGCGGUUAUAAAUGUAGCUUUGGAAGCAUUCCAUACCUUGAUUGCAUAUUUCACAAACACCCCAAGACUUUUGACGGUUUUAGAGUGGAAAGUGCAUAUUUCCAAGGGAUGUUCUUGGACGCCCUCGCGUGUCUCAUCAAAUCUUUGACAGAAAAAAGAAUUAGCCAAAUUACUACUGAUGAUAUUAAUGUGGCUAAAGGUCUAAUGAUGGAUUGGAAAUCCUUGGCGGGGUUGGAUCUAUCAUGGCUCGAGCAGAUGUACGCAGAUGCUAAUGCUAGAAUUACGGUCCGUGGACUUCACCAAGAAUCUGCACAGAUUUUGUCCGAGUUGCAACAGAUUGAUAAGUAUAUUAUGGACCUCCGUCGCGAUUUGGCUGUAGAGGAGGCAAAAUGUGCUUCGCUUAGAGCCAAGUGCAACGAGUUGGCCCAUAAUAUCUCUUCUCAGCAAGCUCUUAUUGACCCUACCCUUAGUUAUGAAGAUGAAAUUUUGAAAGACUUGCUUACUGAUCUUUAACACCCGGAAAACUUCAACUCGACCUCUGCAUCUUCUUGGUCUCUUGUGGCGUUUCCCCGGACUUGCAGCCCUCUCUGUUUUGAUGAGCCUUGGAGAGCUGAAAGGGCAAUGAAUGCUGACAGAAUGAAUGUGUUUUUCAAUGGCAUGUAAGUGUGUUAUGAUGGAUUUGGCUAGGAAAUUUAGAGGAUGUAGCUAGCUCACUUACAGCUCUUUUGUAAUGUGUUUUGUGUGUGUAUAAACAAGUUACGAUGUUUUCCAUGAAUUUCAGUUCUAUAAUUUAGCUACACUAGUUUAGGUUGAGUUUGCAUCAACUUAAGCAGACACCCAUGUUGUUUGGUUGGGUGUAUCUUCUGCAUACCUGAAAUAUAUAUCAGAAUAAGG